AUGUCAAGAAAACGUCUCCGUCCGUCACUUUCUUGCAACUAUUGCAAACGUAGAAAGGUCAAAUGUGACCGUGGCAAACCGUGUUCCUCGUGUGUUCGAUACAAUGUGGCAAAUUUGUGUGAAUAUUCAGAGGGAUGGGAGCCCGCUGGAGCCGAAAAUGGGGUGUUUCAAAUCCAUAAUCAACGACCACCACCAUCAACCUCGGCAGAUCAUCGCAAUGUAACCAACAAGAGUGCCGUUGCCAGUGAAUUAGAUGUUCUUAAGGACCGGAUUCGUCAGUUGGAAAACUCAAUAAAGGCGGUUCCCAGUCCGGAAAGCAUAUACUCGCCAGAACAAAACGCACCUAUUGACCGAAAUGGCAUCAGUCCCGGUUUUCCUCCGCCAUUAACACCUCUGGUUCCAGGCUGCUGUAUUGAACAGCUGAACGCAAACCGCCACAUACCUCUAGGUUCCAGAAUCGAUGCCACAAAUGGAACACAGACGAACCCCGUGGGCUUUGGCUGGAGCCACCAAAGAGUCCAGUUGCCACCUUUAAACUGGAGUAGAACUCCAUCCACUACCGAAGACUACCACAGCUCCACGGCUUCCGAAUCAAAGAGCACAAUGCACCCCUCAGUCACCAACUAUGCUCUCAAUUCACCAGAAGAUUUUGUAGGCGUCAAUCCAUACGCUUCCGAAAACGACAUGAUCAACCUCAAUAAAGGCUACACCUCGGUUCACAUCAAAAGGUCAUCGAGACACCUCAACUUUGGUCCUUUUUCGUGGCUUUCAAUUCUCAAAAAAGACAAAGUACUUCUAUCAGUGUGGACGUUUUUGCAAGAUUAUAAAGCAGACGUCUACACUAGUCAGGGAAAGACCAUGCUCGAGUGUGGGACAUUCAAGUUCAACACCUCCAAAAACGAUUUGCCAGUGGUAACUCCCGCGGAACAAGAGCAGCAGCCAACUGAAGUAGACACCCCUGGAAAUUUCAAGAUCUUCAAGGCGGCUCCAGAAACAGAUAGCAAGUUUCAAAGUAUAGCUUUGGUCCGCGAUGGUGUUGAAGAUCUUCGUCCGUACGACGAGAUGAACAAAGACAAACUCGAGCAGAGAAGAACCAUCAAUAAACUUUCCAACGACAAGUCGUCGGGUGUGUCGUUCUACGAGGGAAAAAUAGAUCAGGAACUUGCCUUGAUUGAUCGGAUCAAGGUAAUUCUUCCCAAACAAAAAGUGUGCUGGAUGCUCAUAAAUAGGUUCUUUGAAUUGGUGUAUCCAUAUGCACCAUUUGUGGAUGAAGCCAACUUCAGGCAAGAAAUGACUAGAAUAAUAGGACCAGAGGGUUUUCUCGAUGCACCAAUAAGUGAGGUGCAAGUUCAGAACAGACUCGAUUUGCCGCGUAUGGGCACUCUUUUGGUGAUGCUUCGACUUACUUAUUUGUCUUUGUUCUCCAACAGAAAUGGUGUCAACGAAUAUAACAUGAACUCCGAUGAUCCUUCGCCUGAGGUACAGCAGAUAAAGUACUUGCUCAAAAAUCCCGUCAAUAUAGAUGUUAUUGAUAUUACUGAGGAAUGCUUGAGCCAAUUCGACACCUCUCGGAAAUCAAAUCCAAUCAUCAUUCAAUGUGCUUUUUUGUUGAGAAUAUACCGGACCUUUUCUCCAGAAGACGGCGAUGGAACCGAUGGCGGCGACUCACAAAUAACUAAUGGAGUGCUCAUUCAAAUGGCCCAGUCUUGUGGCCUCAAUCGUGAGCCUGACUACUUUGAAGAUUAUCCAGUUGAUGCCAAAUCAAGACACCUUGGACGUAAGAUAUGGUUCUUUCUUAUUGUCAUGGACCUCAAUCUUUCGCUCAACUACGGAAGUCCCCCGGCAAUCAAUGAAAAAUGCUACGAUACAAGAUUGCCAUACUACAAAGCUGGGAACGAGAAUAGCUUUGACGUGGAUAAAGAAAAGCACAUGUUGAGCUCACUAGCGUAUUUUGAAAAGUAUUAUCCUACCCUUCGCAGAGUGCUUGAUAUGUGCUUAGAUAUGAACAACGAUGCUAGGGUGAAAGACAUUACCCACGAGCUCUCGGUAUUUGAGGGUAUUUUAAAGGACAAUUAUGGGGUGCUACAAGACUAUUUGGUUCCCUUUAAAGAGGACAAAUUUGCAUAUCCCUUUUUGAAAACCAUGAAAUGCAAAAACUACCUUAAUUUGAAGCGGUUUAUAAUGAACCUCACCUACCAUUUGUUUUUGUAUUACGAGGCCAAAGAGAACAAUGAAUUGUCGUACUUUUAUCUUCGAAAGGUUCUUGCGGGCUUUCUCGGCGAGAUGGUUCCAGGGUACUUCCAGCUUGUUGCUAACAAUCACUUGAACUUUGGAGAGGUUUCGGACCUCAUUUUGAACCCACCGAUCCAAAUGACAAUUCAAAGAUCAAACCAGAUGGUAAUUGCGGUUAUGUGUCGAGUCAAUCGUACCAUUUACCUCAUGAAAAAUAGCGAAAAGCACGAUGAAUAUCUUGAAUGGAACACCGAUAACUAUCGGACUCGGUUUGCAAAAUUGUGCAAGUUGUCGAAACAGCUACAAAAGAUUGUCGAGUAUACUACGGCGCUUCUUUCUAGGUUGGCUAAUAGGUACUAUUUUGCGUGGAAAAUCUCCAAGGCACACAAUUUUCUCGUCAAGGUUAUGACCGGCAAGUCAUUUUAUCGAGCAACCAAGGACAUUCUGGCGCCAGUAUUCGAGAUGACAGAAGAACAAAUCGACUGCUUCUCAACCAUCUGCGACAAAGCACUUCGCAAUUUCAGCAAGACCAAAAUUACCAGAUUUGCGCGAGACAUUUACGACGAGAUUUCCAAAGACAGCAAUCUCAACUUCAUGAAUCCUUCCGAGAGAAACACAGAACUUGUAUCAGAUCAUUCUACAGACCGGACGUCGCUGGAACCUUCCUCGAUUGGAGAUAAUAGCGAUUUCCAGUUUAUUUUUGACGCCGAUGUUGACAAAAUUUGGAGUCAAUUGGCAUCUAUGAAGGACAGUUUUGGGCCGCUUACUGAGGGUCAACCCAUAGACGAGCACUAUCUCGAUUUGGAAAUGUUGGGCGAUACUUCUACAACCAAUUUUGCAGCUCUGCCGUUCUCGUUUGACAAUCCACACUUCUAG